GCUUGCGUGUCCCCAUGGAAACUUUCCGCGCGACGCUAAUGUCACGUGGCUUCUUGUUAUCACGGCAACCUACGUUUAAACACAAACUGAGCGCUAAGGUUCGGUGUAGCUCACGUGUAGCUAAUUCAAAUAUAAUUCCUGGAGUAUUUUUAGGAUCACAUUCUAUCAACGUCACAGACACAGAGAUGAAUCUGACCAAGCUUAUAAACCAGCCAAUAAAAAAGCUUAACCCCGAGGUGGACCACGGAAAGCUGCGUAGAAUUAGAGCCGAGGAUCUGGAGUGGUCUUUAGUUGUGGUGCCUUCACUGACACAGCUGUGUCUUGAACACAUUGUGCACAAUUUUGAAGAUAAGCCCAUUGUUGAGGAGCUCCUGCCCAAACAUAAGGCUUCUGUCCUGGAGAAGCUACCUCUAACUCUGCCUCUGACCAUAACAGCAAACCUGAUCAGUGACGAGGGCUACUGGAAGCGUUACUGUCAGAGCCGCUGGAGAGUGUGCGAUGUCUCUGAAUAUGGCAACAGCUGGAAGCACAUGUUCUUUGAACGCCAUCUAGAGAACAUUAUCGAACAUUUCGUCCCAGACGUGACUGACAAUAAAUCAGUGCUGGAGCUUGUGCCACUGUGCAGAGAUUACGUAAAGCGGCUGAAGAUCUCUCAGCUCCUGCCCCCUGUUAAGGAGCCGCCAACAUUUGAGGAAAGCGAUGGCGCGGAUUCGGUCAGCGAUUUUUACACCGAUGGAUCGUCAAUGGAUCACUUUGACUUCCGAAUUCUGCUGGACAAACUGAGCAACCUGGACGAGCUGCAGUUGAUUUAUGGUGUAAAAAACUGCGGAAUGAACUUUGAGUGGCAUCUGUUUCAGUUUACCCUCCGUGACUGUCAAUCAUUGGCCGAGGCCGUGAAAUCCUGCAAAUCCUUGAAGGUUCUCCGAAUCCAUCGGAGCAAUAUGGAAGAUGAGAAGUGCCGCAUGCUGGUAAACCACCUGCUGGAUCAUCCAUCCCUGCUGGAGCUCGACCUCUCACACAAUCUCAUAGGGGAUCGAGGGGCGCGAGCUAUCGGCAAACUCCUCAACCGUAGCUGUCUAGAGACACUGAACAUUUAUGACAACCGGAUCAGUGGACGAGGAGCCCAAGCCUUAGCCCAUGCCCUCUCCAAAAACACCUCCCUAGUGUCACUCAACUUGAGACUGAACCAGCUAGGCGACGAAGGCGGCCAGGCUAUAGCUCAGGCCCUGCUAAAAAAUCAGACUCUGGUAAACCUUCAUUUAGGGGCCAAUGAGAUGACGGAGCCCACAGCCACAGCUCUCUCACAGGUCUUAGUACAGAACAUGACUCUGAGGAACCUCAACCUGUCCUGCAACAAACUGGGAACAGAUGGAGGGAAAGUCCUGGAAGAAGGGAUGUCGCACAACAGCAGCCUGCUGGAGUGUGAUAUUCGCCUCACUGAAAUGAGCCUGGAGAGCGAGUACUGCAUCCGUGAGGUACUGUGCACCAAUCGGGACAAAGCCCGGCACAAACACGCACAGGGCACAGCAAACACCAAAUAA